CGCACAAUCGAGCAGACGUAUGAGUUACUGGCUUGAGUGCGGAGCUUAGUCGCAGUCCGUUUGCUCAUCGCAGAACGUGUCGAUUCAACUCGUUUUAUCGCAUCGACAGACAAGGACGUACGCGUCCUGACUCAGAAGUUUGGUCAAUCUUACGCAUUUUUUUGCCGUUUCUUCGCGGCCCGCGAGAUCUGCCGAACCGGCGAAUCCACCGUCAGCCGUUUUAUCGUGAAUUUUCUCGUCCACAAUUCUUUUCUCGUACCCGAUGGAAAUGACCGGCAGACGGUAAUCCGCGGGAAAAUGGACAGAAAGUGGAAAAUUUGAUCGGAAGUGAUAUGAAAUUCAAAAAGGAUAAACAAAGGGUUUCCUAGAGGUCGCUCGCCAUGCUGUGUCUCAAGAAGGUCUAUUCGGACGACCUCCUUCAGCUCGCCAUCCUCCUAAGCCUCCUGAGGGCCGACAACAGGUUCAGCCUCAUCGAAGCGCCGGCCGUCGGUGUCGGGAGUUCUUACGACUCCUGGGACAUCGGGCGGUCGAUGAUCACCAGCGAGACGAGAAUCCAUCCGAAAGCCGUGGACAGCAUAAUGCUGAGGGAACAAGAGUUGCUCAACGAAUUGAAUUCUCUCGGCCGCUACGGAUCCCUCUGGCAGGAUGUCACCGCCUACAUGGGCCUCACCAACAUCGACCCCAUCGCUUCUACCUCCUCCAGCCCCGAGCAGACUCGCGACUUCUUGGACAUCAAAGAAGAACCCGACGACGACAACCUGACCCAAGAGGAUAUGGAUCUCAUAGAGAUCCUAUGGAAGCAGGAUGUCGAUAUGGGCUUUUCUUUGGAGGAAAGCCAAGCAUUGCAGAAUCAAUUGUCUUCAGACCCAACCCAGGAAAAAAUUGGAUACUCAAAAAUCACAAAGGAGUCUGCUGAUCCCGAAAUAAAAAAGGAGACUGAUAAUGAUGAAAAAGAAGCAGAACCCUGGCCUGCAAAAUCCUACACAAUAGAUUUAGAAACGGGUGAGUACAUUUUGAAGGAAGAAAGAAGCAACAGCCCUUCUGAAGAGUUGAGCGAAGACGAACCUCCAUCCGCCCUUCUUCCCGAUCCGGACUUUUCACUCGAAGAGGCUCUCGAGCUUAUUGGCCUGAAUGACGGCAUUGAGGGGCUGUUGGACAGGGAUGGCGCCGGCGACGAGCCAAACGAAACUGGAGAAGAGGUAAUCGAUGAGGAAAUCGAGGCCGUGACGAAUCAGCUUCAACAAGAAUUGGACAUAUUCACAGAUAUGAUUCAAACUCCUUCGUAUCACCCGAGACACUAUCAGGGUCGGGUGGGGUACUCGAGAACAGUUAGCAUGGAGCAGCGCUGGCAAGACUUGGCGUCACUCUUGAGCCUGCCAGAGUCCCAGCACUAUCCGCACAACCUCCACCACCACCAUCACAAUCACCAUCAUCCUAUGAGCCCUUACCACCACGGGUCUGACACCAAGACCAUGGCUCACCCACCAAACCCAACAGGGCCUGAAUCUCAGCCGCAUUAUUCGUCCUCUCUAGGUACUAAUAAUAAUGUGGGUUCGGCUGUUGCAUCUUCGAUGAACCUAAUGACCAAUUCAAGUGAGCCAAUGGUCAAUGAAGCGGCUGGAGUGACAUUCAAAAUGGAAAACAACAACGACAUGAUGUACUAUCAGCAAAACGGAACAACCGAGAUGAACCACAACAGUACAGAAGGAUUCCUGUCAUCGAUAUUGAACGAUGAGGAUUUGCAACUUAUGGAUAUGGCAAUGAAUGAAGGACUGUACACAAUGCGGAUGUUGGAAGGUGCAACUGGCGGUAGCAAUACAGCAGGAGGAGAUUCAGACAGUGCCGUUAGUUCAAUGGGCUCUGAAAGAGUUCCAUCGCUUACAUCUGACACCGAAUGGAUGGAAACUAACUCUGAUUCAGGCCACACACCUGCCGAUCAUUACCCAUCGGAUUAUUCUUCAUCCGCUUUUAGUAAAUAUAGGUGGUAUGAUUAUGGGUGCAGUAGACAGCUGUCUGGAGAGAGCAGCCGAGGUCAGCCGGUGGCACAAAAGAAACACCACAUGUAUGGAAAACGGGUUUUCCAUGAACAGACUCCCAAUUCGACAGUCAACGGUGCUUGUUUGCCGUUAAAAUCUGAAGGAAACACUGCGCCGGCAGUAUUACCACCGCAUGUAUCUCCAUAUCAGUCACCCCCAUUGGAUGUCGUCAGGAAUGUUAGUCAGCCUGAAUUGAAGUACUCUUGUUCUGUCGAAUUCUCAAGACAAAAUCUUGUCCCACAUGGUGGCUUAAGAUCAAAUCCUGCUCAAAUUGCUGCUCACAAUCACACCUACCAUAUUCUCCCCGAGAGCUGUGGUAUGCAACAACGACCUCUGACAAGGGAUAAAAAGAGCAAGAAAAGUGAAGAGGAGCAGCAUUUAUCCAGGGAUGAAAGGAGGGCUAGAUCUCUAAACAUUCCAAUGGCUGUCGACGACAUCAUUAACCUCCCGAUGGACGAAUUUAACGAAAGAUUGAGCAAAUACGAUCUUUCAGAAAAUCAGCUUUCACUCAUUAGAGACAUCAGGAGGAGAGGAAAGAACAAAGUUGCCGCUCAAAACUGCAGAAAACGUAAAUUAGACCAGAUUCUUUCUUUAGCCGAUGAGGUAAGACAGAUGAAAGAGAGAAAACAGAGACUGCUGCAUGAGAGACAAGUACUUCUUUCUGAAAGCAACAGGAUAAAAAGCAAAUUCUCUCAACUCUACAGACAUAUAUUUCAAUCUUUGAGGGAUGCGGAUGGAAAUCCUUACUCACCAUACGAGUGGAGCCUCCAACAGACAGCCGAUGGUUCUGUAAUCGUAGUACCAAGGGGCAACCAGACUAUGCUUGAUCAGACGGAUCCUCUGCCCACCAGAAAGCCACACGAUCAUCAACGAACACCCUGAACGCUUCAAAAUCCCCCAAAAGGGAAUUUUACCCCUCUGAUACCUGAUUAUAAUUAAGUUUUUUGUUUUUUUAGUUGUAUGUUACAAAUCACUACUUGGUCCUCCUUUUUCAGGUGGACGGUAGCCAGAUGAAAGGCAAAGCUAAGCAAUGCCUUUAAUUUCCUGGCUUUUAUGUACUUACUAUUUGUAAUUAUUUCAGUUUAUUUCUUCUCAAAUUGUAUGUUUUCAUGCGAUUUUAAUUUGUCCCUUUCGCACAAAUGUAUUGGUGAUUUAUUUAAUAGAACCCUAAUUUAAAUUGGUGGUUACGGUAUGAAAGUAUUUCCAAAUACUACACAAAUUCUUAAUUUAUAUUCAGUAGAUAGUUUUAUUUUUAUGUAAAAAAUAAAACAAAAAAAAAGUUGUUUAAAAAACUAUUAAUUUAGAGUUAUUGUGAAGUUCAUCCUUCAUUUUGUUUAUAUUGUAUAUAGAGAAAAUUUAUUUUAAAGAAAUGUUUCAGACCUUUUCACUCAUGCUAUAAAUUUUCUUAUAAGUUUUAAGCUUGGAAGUAACAGAUCCUUUCAUUCCAUAGGUUAAUCUGUGAUACUAAAACCUAUACUAAUUUGGGACUUUGUCUACAUUCUUUUAAUUUCAUUUUUCUUUUAAAAAGAAGUAAGUUUUAUUUGUGUUGUUUAUUGUUCCACUAGUGGCUACUUUUAUUUCAUCGGUUCAAUUUUAACAAGCAAACAAAUGACUAGUUGUAAAUUAGUUUUUUUUUUUACAUAUUUCUUUUACACAGUACAUGAUGUAUUUUGGUGCAAUUAAUUUUUAUAUUUGUAUUAUUAUUAUUUGUUUAAUAGUACUACUUAAGCUUUUACAAUAUACCAAAUCAUAGUAAUAGUACA